CUUGCUCUAAUUAACCGAUAACACCGGGAAGAAACCGAGCAAGGGUUGUAAGAGAUAGGAAAGGUCGAGGGAGGAGUAGAAGAUUAAGAACUUCCAGAAAUUCCCGAAAACGUAGACAGCCAACUCGACUGCUAUUCAAUUUACUCUUUGCCGGCAAGAAGAACAAGCAAGGCAAGAAGAAUUGGACAGCGACGGAGGAAAAAACCAGCGCGCUUCCUCCCCGUCAUCAUCCGAUGCAGCCGGCAUCUUAUUCAAUACCUUUAACAGCCACGGCCAACUAGGCCAAUACUGAGACUUGUGACAUUAGGCACGAGACACGGGCCUGCACCAUGAAUGGUGCAAAGGGGACGUGGCAUCGGUUCUGUAUUGCCGCGGGAUGUCUUCUAUGACGGGCUGUGUUUGCCCCUCCUCUUGCGGGACGCCAGCCGAGCACUUGCUGGUUGCUGGCGAGUCGAAGACGAAGACAGGGGAUCAAACACGGCCGUGCCUGGCGUGGAUUUGCUUCAAAAGCCUGUGUCCGAAACCGGAGAAAGCCGGGCCUAGAGCUUCUGCCCCAGAGCGGAUUGAAAUCCUGAGUCUUUUGAGAAAUAAUUGGCAACCAUUAGGUAACUAGCAAAACAGGGCAACAGAAGAAGAAAGUGCCUAGUUCCACGUGGAAUUCCUGAGCACUUGACUCGGACCCGAACAACUAAUCGGGCGUAUUGUCCGUCCUUUGUUUGCGUUCGGUGAAGGCUCGUUUGCAGAGGGGAGAAAACUGAGGGGGGGGGGGGGGUGCAGCUGAAGAUAGGAGCUCUCCCACU